AUGUUCUCUUUACACGCAACUCUCGUUCUGGGUCUCUGUAUCUUUUUACCAAGCUUAACCUUCGCAGAGGAACACCCACCUCAGAGUGCACAUGUGUAUUGGCGUUGGAAAGAUGAAGCGAAUUCUGACGCCAAAGACAGCAGUCUCUUCACCGGUCACGCUAAUAUCACAUGGACUAGAAAAGCAGGAUGUGAGAUGUCAGGGCCUGCGAGUAAUUUCCGGUUCUUUGUCUCUCCUACCGCUCGUGUGCAUGUCGAAGCAGAGACCAAGAACAAAAAGGGUAGUACAAAAUGUCAUGCGUAUUCGAGGACUGAUUUUUGGAUUCAUAAUGGAGAUCGAACACAGAAGAUGAAGAUCCGAUUGCCAGAUAUCUGUAAUGAUCAUGAUUGCAAAGGUCCAGAUCAAGAGAUACCAAAUGUUCAAUGUUUGAAUGGCCCAAAAGGAAGGAUUGUCAUGAACCUUGACAAAUGGAUCGAUGAAUGCUUCGAACGUUGA